AUGCCACUGCUAGCGAGGAUGAUUGAGGCUUCAGGAGGUCAGACUCUCACUUAUGGAGGAGAUGUUUCAAAAGAAGAGGAUGUGGAUUCCAUGGUCAAAACUGCAGUAGAUGCUUGGGGAUCAGUUGACAUUUUAGUUAACAAUGCAGUUGUCUGGAAUUAUACUUAUGUUCAUCUUGUCAAGAGACACACUGCAGCAGCAAAAAUUAUGAUGAAGAAGAAAAAGGUGAAUGCUAUUGUGCCGGGGUUCAUUGCAUCUGAUAUGACAGCUAAACUAGGAGAAGAUAUCGAGAAAAAGAUUUUGGAAACUAUUCCAAUGGUGGUUAUUGCCUUCUUGACUUUGCCAAAUGUAGAUGUCAAGCUGCCUCUAAUUUAUUGA